AUGGGCAUCGUCAGCAAUCGCGAAAGCGCCUGCGACUAUGACGAUGAUAUGAGGCGUGCCAGAGACGCAGGCAUCGAUGCCUUUGCAUUAAAUAUCGGCACCGACCCUUACACCGAUACCCAGCUGUACUACGCCUAUGAAUCUGCUGCCAGAAAUGGCAUGAAAGUUUUCAUCUCCUUCGACUUCAACUGGUGGCAGGCCAGCCAGGGCAGCGAAGUCGGCGCCAAGAUCGCGCAGUAUGCAAGUCAUCCCGCGCAGCUCAUGGUCGACGGGAAAGUCUUUGUGUCGUCGUUUACCGGCGACGGUGUCGAUGUCGAUGCAAUCAGAUCCUCUGCUGGCAGUGAGAUCUUCUUUGCGCCGAAUUUCCAUCCCGGUCAGGGUGAUUUCGAUAAGAUCGAUGGUGCUCUGAACUGGAUGGGUUGGGACAGUAAUGGGAAUAACAGGGCUCCGACUGGUGAGCAGAGGGUCACUGUUGCAGAUAGCGACCAGGCUUAUGAGGAUGCUCUUCAGGGGAAACCAUAUAUUGCGCCUAUCUCGCCGUGGUUCUCGACUCAUUAUGGCCCCGAGGUCUCGUACAGCAAGAACUGGGUGUUCCCUUCCGACCUCCUCUGGUAUGACCGGUGGAGAGAAAUCUUACGUCUCAGCCCUCGCUUUGUGGAGAUCAUCACCUGGAAUGACUAUGGUGAGUCGCACUAUAUCGGCCCGCUGUCGUCACCACAUACAGACGACGGUGCCUCGAAGUGGGUAAUGGACAUGCCCCACAACGGCUGGCUCGAUAUGGCAAAGCCCUUUAUCGCCGCCUACAAAGCAGGCUCGAGACUGCCCAUCAGAUUCAUAGAGGAAGAAAAACUGGUUUACUGGUACCGACCAACCCUAAAGAGCGUCGACUGCGACGCAACAGACACAACAAUGCAAAGCUCCGACAGCGCCAGCGGCGACUUCGCCCGCGGCCGGCCCGACGGCGCCGACACAAUGAAAGACGAGGUGUUUGUCGUUACGAUGCUGAAGUUGCCCGCGAUGGUGCGGGUGCAGUCUGGUGAUAAGUCUGAGACCUACAUCGCGCCUCCGGGGAUAUGGUCACACUCGGUGCCGAUGGGUGUGGGGGCGCAGAGUUUCAAGGUCAUUCGCGGCUUCAGGACGGUUGAGGCUUUGUCCGGGACGAGUUUGAGGGAUGUUGUCGACACGUGCGUCUGUGGCAUCUAUAACUUCAAUGCUUAUGUGGGCACUCUGCCGGCGGAGGCCUGCGUUGACCAGCUGCAGCCGGCUGGUUUGACUAUGUUGUCGGAGGGGUUGCAGGUGACGCCCCAGAUUAACGCUCUAGGUUGA